CAGAUACGCUGCUUCAUUCAAAACGGGUUUAGUCGUAGGGGGAGGGUUUGAGUGUAAAAGAAAUUAUAUUUAUUUCUUGUAUAAGAAGAUACCAUACGAUGAAGCUGUGGUGGGGAUGGACGUGCGUCCUGCUUCUGUCCGUCGCUAUGGUGACGUGGUCCCAAGAGGAGGCGGUGGACGACGACGAAGAGGCACAAGUGGAGGACGGAGAGGUGGACUCUCAGGAGGACAGCAGGGAAAUAAAGGCUGACGAGAACGUCUCAUUCCAGGUCACGUAUAAAACCCCAGUACCAAAAGGGGAGGUUUUCUUCUCUGAGACGUUUGAUGAUGGAUCUUUAAGCAGAUGGACGAAGUCUAAGACGAUGAAGGAUGACGCAGACGAGGAAAUCGCUAAGUACGAUGGAAAGUGGGAGGUGGAGCCCCUGAAGGAGAACAAGGUGGCCGGUGAUCUGGGUCUGAUACUGAAGUCCCGCGCCAAGCAUCACGCCAUCGCCGCGCCUCUCGACAGGCCGUUCGUCUUCAAGAACAAGCCGCUCGUGGUGCAGUACGAGGUGAAUUUUCAGGAUGGCAUCGACUGCGGCGGUGCCUACAUCAAGCUACUUUCCGACGCCCCCGGUCUGGAUUUGGAUUUGGAGCAGUUCCAUGACCGGACCCCCUACACCAUCAUGUUCGGCCCGGAUAAGUGCGGCGAGGACUACAAGCUCCACUUCAUCUUCAGGCACAGGAACCCCCUGAUCGGAGAUCUGGAGGAGAAACACGCCAAGAGGCCCGACACUGACCUCAGGAAGGUGUACUCGGAUAAGAAAACGCACCUCUACACGCUGGUUCUAAACCCAGACAACACCUACGAGAUGUUCAUCGACCAAACCAGCGUCGGCAGAGGAAGCAUGUUGACCGACGUGAUCCCGCCCGUCAACCCCCCCAAAGAGAUCGACGACCCCAACGAUUCCAAACCCGCAGACUGGGACGAGAGAGCCAAGAUUCCCGACCCGGAAGCUGCCAAGCCCGAUGACUGGGAUGAGGAGGCUCCAACGACACUGCCUGAUCCUGACGCGGUGAAACCCGAGGGCUGGCUGGAUGACGAGCCGGAGUUUGUACCAGACCCGACAGCUGAGAAACCCGAUGACUGGGACGAGGAGAUGGACGGUGAGUGGGAGGCUCCUCAGGUUCCUAACCCAGAAUGUCAGACCGCCCCUGGCUGUGGCGAGUGGAAACCUCCCACCGUUAACAACCCCAAGUACAAGGGCAAGUGGAAGGCCACGCUCAUAGACAAUCCCAACUACCAGGGUGUGUGGAGUCCACGCAAGGUUCAGAAUCCGGACUACUUCGAGGACCUGGAGCCGUUUAAGAUGACCCCGUUCCGGGCCGUGGGGCUCGAGCUGUGGUCCAUGACCUCCGACAUCUACUUUGACAACUUCAUCAUCACCGCAGAUAAAGAGGUGGCAGACCGCUGGGCAGCAGAUAGCUGGGGGCUCAAGAAACUGGUGGCCAGCACCAACGAGCCUGGGGUGUUCAGUCAGCUAACACAGGCAGCGGAGGAGAGGCCGUGGCUGUGGCUGGUCUAUAUUCUGACUGUCGGACUCCCCGUUGGUCUGGCCGUUCUCUUCUGCUGGCCCAAGAAGUCCGAUGAUGAGUACGUCUAUAAGAAAGUCGACCCGCCCAAGACGGAAGUCGUAGAGGAGGAGGAGGAGGAGGAGGAGGAUGACGAGGAGGAGGACGGAGAGGAGCAGGAGCAGGAAAGCCAAGAGGGUAACGAUGAAGAGGAAUCGGCUCAAGCUGCAGGGGACAGCAGGACCGAGGACGCAAACGAGGCGGCUGAAGGAGGCGCUGCGGAUGAGGAGGAGGACGAGGAAGAGGAGGAGAUGAGUAAAUCGAAUGGCACUCCUUCAGACGAUGAGAUGAAGGAGGCCGACGAGGGAAUGGAGAGCGCCGCAGACGGACACAAACAGGCCGUGAGGAAGAGAAGAGUACGGAAGGACUGAGGUCCGAGCGUCCUCACCGAUUCUCCUGCGAUCUCUGGCUUUUUCCUCCUCUCGCCCCUCCUGCCUGUUCCAGCGCUGCAUGCCACCGGCUUCGGAGAGUCGCCAGGCUGCGCGUCCUUCCGCUGGAGCUCCUACGACCUUCCGCUGACUCCGUCUUCCUCUCUCUUACUGGUUCCUCCAGGUUCUAAGUUCUUGGUUCUGUUUUGAACACACUCGGGUUUUUCUGAUGGAGUUUGGAGCUGUUCGUGUACCGCGACACGAGUGUGUUAGAGACCGGUGUUCAAGGUUCAAAAUCUCCAUGUUUUAGUUUUUAUUAGGGUUUUUAUUAUACUGAUUAUAAGUAAGCGCACUGAAUCUAUUUAUUGUUUAGGAAAUGAAGUAUUUAAAGUAUUAAAUUAAUGUAGAAUAUUUGAGGAACUUGUUUUGUACUGUUCAGCAGUCGAUCUGUUUAUAGUGAGAGAGUUUGGCGUCUGAUGAUUUGUGGUCUGGCAAACUGACCAUGUGCUAUUUUGACAUAUCCAGUAUAUCAUCGCUGAUCGAUUACAUUUUGUAUCUCCAUUUAUUUAUUUAUUUAUUUAUUUAUUUAUUUAUUUUAAAGGAAUUAUACUUUAUUUUGACCCAUAGAAAUUGACAUCAGUAUCAAAUUAUUAUAGUCUACCGCUCGAGGGAAGCACAUUUAUAAUCGACCCGUCUUGCUAUUUUAAUUCAGCGAUCAUUUAUCCUGGUCAGGGUUGCAGUGGCUCUGGUUCCACUCAACCUGGACAAGGUGGCAAUCCAUCACAGGCUUUCGGUCAUCAUCCCCACCCCCUCAGACACAGCCCGUCAUGUAUGUGCAGACGCCCCACCGGCUGGCCGAUAGAGCCGCAGAGAUUCCAACCCGGGUUGUAAUAGACGGCUGCGCCACCCGAGCUCUCCUACGUAAAUAAGUAAAUGAUUAAAUACUAAAUACCCAUGACUAAAACUAACACUCGCCCCGUCCACACGCGUGCAGUAUCGACCGCUUCUUUUCACCUGCGCCAGGCAGGCACCGAUCUCCUUCAUCCCACGUCUCUGUGCAGCACCACCGAUCAGCCAGUAGAGGUCAUAACUGCAGCAGUUAUGAGGAAUCCCUACAGCAUUCGCACCCUCGGACAAGCCGAUCGUUGUCCGUACAGGCGUCUGGCAUGCCGGUAGCACGGCCGAGAUUCGAACUUCAUCAAACUGUGAAAAUACACGACGGUCCAGUUCAAAUGCUGCAGCUGAGGUCAAAAGAUGAAACCCGCUUGUAGGAGACGUGUAAAUUGUAAAUUCAUGGUGAUUUAAAGCUGGCUUGACUGCGGACACUGUCACAUACGUUCAGUAUGUUUUUUUUUUAGUGGAUCCUGGAUUAUAUCCGACCAUCAGGACAAAUUCUCUGUAAGCACAACGUGACUCUCUGUACUCUUUAUUUAUAGACGGUUGCUUGUGCAGAUGAUUUUGGAACCUGACGUGGAUUAGCAGUGGUUUCAAGUGACUCUGCGCUUGGAAAAUCACACAGUAAACCCAUUAAAAUAUUAUUAUUACAAAAAAGAAGCCGAAUAAAAUGAAAUGAAAUGCCGGCUCUGCCACGCCACGUCUCGUAUAAGCGUAAGUUCACUUUUUACUUCAGCUCUAAGCGACAGCCGCGUGUACCUGGAUCGUUUUCAAUCACUGGUCAGUUUUACAUCCACAAACCUGAACGUAAAAGCACAACAGACCCGAGCGGCGCUGUGGAGCUGAACUAUAAACACAUUUCCUGUUAAACAGAACGAUUUAGAGAUAAAUAAAAUGUCUUUUUUAUUCUA